AUGCCUGGAGAAGUGAUCGACCGGCCGAAUCCGCAGCCACUGCCGUCGCAUUUGCCAGAAUAUCUGGAGCAAUUGCCGAUCAAGCUUUCUCAUGAGACCUUGGACCAGAAGGCCUGCGAUGCCUUGUUCAAAUUUCGGAGGGCGGCGUCCUAUAUCGCUGCCGCGAUGAUUUUCCUUCGGAAAAACACAUUACUGAAAAAAGAGCUUGAUUUUGAUGACAUUAAGCCAAGGCUGCUGGGUCACUGGGGAACUUGCCCCGGGCUCAUCCUGGUCUAUUCCCACCUCAACUAUCUUAUUCGAACCAAAAAUCUUGACAUGCUGUAUGUGGUUGGUCCCGGACAUGGGGCGCCUGCUCUCCUAGCGUCGCUGUGGCUCGAAGGCUCAAUGGAGAGGUUCUACCCACAUUACUCUCGCGAUGGAAAUGGUCUCCACCAAUUGAUUUCAACCCACAUUAACGCCGAGACUCCCGGAGCCAUUCACGAAGGCGGAGAGCUGGGAUAUGCUCUGGCCGUAUCGUUCGGUGCGGUGAUGGAUAACCCCGAUCUCAUUGUGACCUGCAUAAUUGGUGAUGGAGAGGCUGAGUCUGGUCCAACUGCCACCUCCUGGCACGCAAUCAAGUACCUCGAUCCGCAAGAGUCCGGUGCCGUCCUUCCGAUUCUCCAUCUCAAUGGCUUCAAGAUUAGCGAGCGCACGAUUUUCGGCUGCAUGGACCACAAGGAGCUUGCAGCCUUGUUCACUGGAUACGGGUACCAGGUUCGCUUUGUGGAAGACAUCAACGAUAUCGAUACCGAUCUCCACUACUCCUUGGCAUGGGCCGUGGAAGAGAUCCACAAAAUCCAGAAGGCAGCUCGUUCUGGGAAUCCAAUUGUCAAGCCCAGUUGGCCAAUGCUGAUCCUGCGGACUCCCAAGGGGUGGUCCGGACCAAAACAACUCCACGGUGAAUUCAUCGAAGGCUCCUUCCACUCACAUCAAGUACCAUUGCCCAAAGCCAAGACUGACAAGGAGCAACUGGCCCUGUUGCAGAAAUGGCUUUCGGACUAUAAGCCAGAGGAGCUGUUCACAGAAAAGGGAGAUAUCAUCGAUGAGAUCAAGUCCGUGAUUCCAACAGACAAUGAGAAAAAGCUGGGUCAGCGCGCUGAAGCAUAUAAGAACUAUGUGCCGCCGAAGCUACCAGACUGGAAGAAGUGCUGUGCGAAGAAGGGAGGACAGGAAAGCGCCAUGAAGGCAAUCGCACGGCUGAUCGACGAGGUCUUCAAGGAGAAUCCGAACAGCGUGCGGCUGUUCAGCCCAGAUGAGCUGGAGAGUAAUAAGUUGGAUGCGGUCUUGGACAAUACCAACCGAAACUUCCAGUGGGACGAGUUUGCCAACGCCCGUGGGGGUCGUGUCAUUGAGGUGCUGAGUGAGCAUAUGUGCCAGGGCUUCCUGCAGGGGUACACUCUGACUGGCCGCGUGGGUAUUUUCCCAUCGUAUGAGAGUUUCCUUGGCAUCAUCCAUACCAUGAUGGUGCAGUAUGCCAAGUUCAUUAAGAUGGCUCGUGAAACCAACUGGCACAGCCCUGUUAGCAGUAUCAAUUACAUCGAAACCAGCACCUGGGCUCGUCAGGAGCACAAUGGCUUCUCUCACCAGAAUCCUUCCUUCAUCGGAUCAGUGCUGAAGCUGAAGCCCAAUGCUGCCCGUGUGUAUCUCCCACCAGAUGCAAACACAUUCUUGACAACGGUGCAUCACUGCUUGAAGUCGAAGAAUUACAUCAACUUAAUGGUGGGCUCGAAGCAGCCGACCCCGGUCUACCUUGAUGCGGAGGAAGCAGAGAACCACUGUCGCGCCGGCGCGUCGGUCUGGAAAUUCUGCAGCACUGACGAUGGACUGGACCCGGACGUGGUGCUGGUGGGCAUUGGCGUCGAGCUGAUGUUCGAGGUAAUCCAAGCGGCGGCAAUUCUGCGCCAGCGCGCGCCGGCCAUGCGCGUACGCGUUGUGAAUGUGACCGACUUGCUCAUUCUCGAGAACGAGGGUCAUCAUCCGCACGCCUUGUCCACCGAGGAGUUCGAUAAUCUGUUUACUGCCGACCGACCCAUCCACAUCAACUACCAUGGCUACCCCGUGGAAUUGCAAGGGUUGCUCUUCGGCCGCCCGCGUCUCGACCGCGUGUCCAUUGCUGGGUACAUAGAGGAAGGAAGCACUACCACGCCCUUUGAUAUGAUGCUCGUCAAUCGCACAUCGCGCUUCCAUAUCGCCCAGGCAGCUGUUCGCGGGGCGGCAAAGCGUAAUGAGAGGAUCCGGAUUCGUCAGCAGGAGCUGGACUCCGAGCUAGGCCACAACAUUGUCGAGACGAGGAAAUACAUCAUCGCCAACCAGAAGGGUCAGUACUCGGCAAUCUUGUCCGAGUCUCGAGUAUCGUGCAACGCUGAUGUGGCUCCCAGAUCCUGCCGACAUCUGCAUCCAUCCAACACCAUGGCCGAGUCCGUGGAGUAG